CGCACGUUGUAUGCGGUCAUUUUUCUGUCUGCCUCGAGUGUGCGCGACCGGAGCCUGAUUAACUCAAGCCACGUGUUGACGCUCUAACUAAAUUAAGCCUAAAUAAAAUUAAAUAAAAUACUCGAGUCGCGUUCAAUUGUCAGUUUGACUGAGAAAAAAAACACGAAUUUGAGAGAUAAUGGCUGACUACGUCAUAGGGGAUUUAAAACCAGCUGAUUUACCAGUGCCAGAGGAUGGUCUAUCAGCAGCGCAAAUGUUCAAUGCUGGUGAGGGUCUGACCUACAAUGAUUUUAUCAUCUUACCUGGGUACAUAGACUUCACUGCUGAGGAAGUCGAACUUGUGUCACCUUUGACGAGACAAAUUACCCUGAAGGCACCUUUGGUCUCGUCACCAAUGGACACGGUUACCGAGUCCGACAUGGCUAUCGCCAUGGCGUUGUCAGGUGGCAUUGGAAUCAUUCAUCAUAAUUGUACACCGGAGUAUCAGGCCUCUGAAGUCCACAAGGUUAAAAAAUACAAACAUGGUUUCAUCAGAGACCCAGUGGUCCUCUCCCCGCACCACACAGUACGAGAUGUCAUCAACGUGAAGAAUGAGCAUGGGUUUUCGGGAGUGCCCAUAACAGAAAAUGGAAAGAUUGGUGGCAAGCUAGUGGGAAUAGUCACCUCCAGAGACAUUGAUUUCCUGGAGGACACCCCCAACCAGGCUAACCUCAAGCUGAGUACGAUAAUGACACAAACCGAGAAUCUUGUGACAGCAAAAUCUCGUGUAACCCUGCAGGAAGCAAAUUCCAUUUUAGAAAAAUCUAAAAAAGGCAAGCUUCCCAUUGUCAAUGACAAGGGUGAGCUAGUGUCUCUUAUGGCGCGAACUGAUUUAAAGAAAAACAGAAGCUAUCCCAGUGCCAGUAAAGACGAGAACAAGCAGCUAUUGGUGGGAGCUGCAAUUGGUACAAGAAUGGCAGAUAGAGAGAGAUUGAAACUCUUAGCAUCGGCAGGUGUUGACGUUGUUGUUUUGGACUCAUCUCAGGGCAAUUCUAGCUACCAGAUAGAGAUGAUUAAAUUCAUCAAGUCUGCAUUUCCAGAGCUGCAGGUGAUUGCUGGAAAUGUUGUCACUACAAUGCAGGCAAAGAACUUGAUUGAGGCUGGAGCCGAUGGUUUGAGAGUGGGGAUGGGCUCAGGCUCAAUCUGCAUCACUCAAGAGGUAAUGGCUGUUGGAAGGCCACAGGCAACAGCUGUCUACAAAGUGGCUGAGUAUGCCAGAAGAUUUGGAAUUCCAGUUAUUGCUGAUGGGGGCAUUCAAUCCAUAGGACAUAUCAUUAAAGCCCUGAGUCUUGGUGCAAGCACUGUUAUGAUGGGAUCGUUGCUUGCUGGCACAUCUGAAGCACCAGGUGAGUAUUUCUUCAGCGAUGGAGUUCGUUUGAAGAAGUACAGGGGAAUGGGAUCACUCGAGGCCAUGGACAGAAAGGAUGCCAAGGGAUCAGCUAUGGACCGUUACUUUCACAAUGAAAUGGACAAGAUGAAGGUUGCUCAGGGUGUCAGUGGAUCAAUUGUUGACAAGGGAAGUGUACUCAAAUUCUUACCCUAUUUGCAAUGCGGUAUUAAGCAUGGAUGCCAGGAUAUUGGGGCUCGAUCAGUCUCAUCGCUUAAAGCAUUAACUUACAGUGGUGAACUGAGGUUCGAGAGACGAUCCACAUCUGCCCAACAAGAGGGCAAUGUUCACAGUCUCUUCUCAUACGAGAAGAGGCUCUACUAAACAUCGGCAUUAGUUUCUACAAUUUUUGUCUCCGUGUAUUAUAUUUUUUUAAUUCCAACUUUCACCGUACCUGCAUUUCUACCAAAUCGCCGGAUUGGUGGAUUUGGCGAGCUGAUUCAAUAGGAACUUUCUGUUCAAUUGGAACCCAGCAUUGGAAUUUUUCCCGCAUAAUAGAAAGUAUUGCAUCUUGUCCUGGAAAAUCAGCAAAUCUAUGGGAUCAUCAACUUUAAAAACUAUCUGUUUUUUUAUACAAUUUACCAGAAUCAAUUCAACUGUCGUCCAGAUUAUGACUCUUUUUCGACGAAUUUAUUGUGUCAAACUCGAGGUAACCCCAAGACAUUUUUUUUUUUGUGAUAUGAAUUUGUUGAAACAUUUUGGACCCAAUUGUCCAUAUCAUUGACGCUUUUUUUAGUACGUAUGAAUAUUAUAAUUCACAAGGAAAACAUCAAAAUUUAUAAAUGUCUAGUGGAUAUAUUUUAAAAUAAAAUAUUAUAUGAAAUAGAAAUUUCCAUGAAUAAAUUAGACUUAUCCAUUA